AUGUUUCAGACAACCUUGGAAGCGACUCAGAGGCAAUGGAUUGGGACCACUUCUUUCUUUCUUCUCACGCACAACCUCCACAUCAACCGUCGAGUACAAUUGCCCCUCUCCUUGUUCCUUACCGCUUAUCUGUGGUUUCUCCCAGUGCUCGCCACCGAAAAACCACCCCUAUAUGCACUGUCAAUCCUCGUCGUCGCGUACGGACAUGCAUACUGGAGAUACGGCAUCAAUCCCUUUGCCCAGAUUGACAGUGCCGUCUCGCUGGCCGGCCGUAUUGCUCGGGUGGCGUUCGUUACUAUUAGCCACUGUUGGAGUGAUUCGCUGGUUGGAAGGCUUUGGAUCUUCUUUCACGAUCUCGAAAUCAAAGCGUAUUGGACCUUUAUCUUGGUACCCCUCGCUUACAAGCUGCGUCUCCAGCGGGUUUUCGAGUGGUUUCAGGUCGAGGUGUGCUUCUUGUGGAGGCUGGGGGCGGGGGGCGUUGAGUGGGAUAGUGAGCUCAAAUCGGCCCCACCUUUUGAGGCGAUCUCAUACAGAUGGGCCCAAGCCGAGAGAGAUGACGGCGAGCACAUAAUCGUCAGUGACUGCACAUUGCGCGUCGCGCCCAAUGUCUUUGAGCUUCUUGGAGACCUCCGAUUUACUCUCCUCCCGCGAUUGAUCUGGAUAGACUCAAUCUGCAUUGACCAGCUCUCGGAAAACGAAAAGUCGUACCAGGUGUACUUGAUAGGAGAUAUUGACUCAUCCGCAUCCCUGGUCACCAUCUGGCUUGGCUCACCUUCGAGAGAGAUGAGCUGGACAACGCUGAACCGGGUCAUUCGCUGGUUGCCGAAGCGGAUCACGGAAGUUGAUUCUUUCGACAGGAUACUAAAGAGUGUCUUCGCCACCCUUGCCUUCCGCCUGAUUGACCAGCUUCGCAUCAACACUUCGUUUACAAGGGACAAUCUCAAGGCAUAUUGGGAGGCGGGCAAGUAUCGCUUCACUGCCUGCUGA